CAAGUGAAGAAUAAUUACCUAAGCGGCUAGCGCAGUCCAUGCGGCUCUGAGGAAAAAGUCGUGCUAAAACCCAAGGCGAUCGCAAGUGAGGCAACUCUCAACACAAUCUCCUUUCAUCACCCCGACAAGACCCCCAACCAUCAACAUAACCCGGAGCAUAUCGCGUUUUACAUCGCGGUAUCUCUUUUCACGUCGCCUGAUUCAGUAUUUUCAGCGACUACGCUCUUUUUCGCCCCGAAAUCACGUUCAAAGAGAGUUGGAAGGGUCGAAGGCGCCCUCGCGGCAGGGUCUGCCAAAGGCCGGCGAAGGCCAGCUACCGCGGUCGUUUUUCAUCACCGGAGCGGUCGUUUUGACAUUAUCUCGAUUUACCUGUUCAGUUUCUAGUGAAGGAUCGCGUCACUGCCUGCCUAACCGCUAACGCUCCUUGCCUCUUACUGGUGUUUGCUGUACUUGUCGCCUUACAAACCUACUACAGUUUCCUUUCAACUGUCAUCACAUCUCUCAUCAACUACAACCAUGACGUCCGUCAAAUUCCCCUACUCGAAGGCGCAGCUGCGCACGAUUAAGGAGAUCCAAUUUGGUCUUCUCUCGCCCGAGGAGAUCAAGAGGAUGAGCGUGGUCCAUGUGGAGUAUCCUGAGACCAUGGAUGAGCAACGGCAACGCCCACGGGAGAAAGGUUUAAAUGACCCUCGUCUCGGUACCAUCGAUCGGAACUGGCGCUGCGCUACCUGCGAAGAGGGAAUCAACGACUGUCCUGGACAUUUUGGGCAUAUCGAGCUAUCUACUCCUGUGUUCCAUAUUGGUUUCCUGACUAAAAUCAAGAAACUUUUGGAAACUGUUUGCCACAAUUGUGGAAAGAUCAAGGCAAAUACGACCGACCAAAAGUAUUUGGAAGCGCUGCGUUUCCGCGACCCAAAGCGACGCUUUGAUGCGAUUUGGCGGCUGUCAAAAGAUGUCUUGAUAUGUGAAGCUGAUCCUAGCCCAGAUGAUGAUGACCCUUUCGGCAAGGAACCUUCCAAGCCUGUGCACUCUCACGGUGGAUGCGGAAAUAUUCAGCCACAAAUUCGUAAAGAAGGGAUUAGUUUGGUUGGGACCUGGAAGCCUAGCAAGAACCGUGAUAUGAUGGACGAUAUGGACGUACAACAGCCUGAGAAGAGACAGAUCACUCCGCAGAUGGCCCUUAACAUAUUUAAAACCAUCUCAGAGGAGGAUGUUCGUUUGAUGGGGUUGAGCAACGAUUAUGCCAGACCAGAGUGGAUGAUCAUCACAGUUCUUCCCGUUCCUCCGCCACCAGUCCGUCCCAGUGUUCUCGUCGGCGGUAGUGGGAGUGGCCAACGUGGAGAGGACGACCUAACAUAUAAACUGGCAGAGAUUGUUCGUGCGAAUCAGAAUGUCACCAGAUGCGAACAGGAAGGAUCUCCUGAGCAUGUGGUCCGUGAAUUUGAGUCUCUUUUGCAGUAUCAUGUUGCAACCUAUAUGGACAACGAUAUUGCCGGACAGCCACAAGCUAUGCAAAAGUCUAAUCGACCUGUCAAAGCUAUCCGUGGUCGUCUGAAGGGUAAGGAAGGCCGCCUGCGUCAAAACUUGAUGGGAAAACGUGUCGAUUUUUCGGCUCGUACGGUUAUUACCGGUGAUCCGAAUCUGUCUUUGGACGAAGUUGGAGUUCCGCUCAGCAUUGCUCAGACUUUAACUUAUCCGGAGGUCGUCACUCCUUUCAACAUUGCCAAGCUAGGUGAACUUGUUGAUAACGGCCCCGAUAUUCAUCCUGGUGCCCGUUAUGUUAUCCGCAACACAGGCGAACGUAUCGACUUGCGCCUUCACAAGGGUGGAGGUGGGAGAAACUUUUUGCAGUAUGGAUGGAGAGUGGAGCGUCAUAUCGUGGAUGGCGAUGUGAUCCUAUUCAAUCGGCAGCCGUCCUUGCACAAGGAAUCUAUGAUGGGUCACCGUAUUCGCGUCAUGCCGUACUCGACUUUCCGACUAAAUCUGUCCGUUACCACCCCCUACAACGCUGAUUUCGACGGUGAUGAAAUGAACUUGCACGUUCCACAAAGCGAGGAGGCCCGCGCUGAGCUCAGUCAACUUUGCAUGGUGCCCUUGCAAAUUGUAUCCCCUCAACGAAACGGCCCGUUGAUGGGUAUCGUGCAGGACACUCUUUGUGGAAUCUACAAAAUCUGCAGUCGUGACGUUUUCUUAACGAAAGAGCAGAUCAUGAAUAUUCUACUUUGGGUCCCUGAUUGGGAUGGCGUAAUACCCCAGCCAGCCAUUUUGAAACCCAGGCCGAGGUGGACUGGAAAACAAGUGAUCAGCAUGGUCCUUCCUGCUGGUCUGAACCUUCUUCGGGUUGAUCGAGACAAGGCACCCCUUUCGGAGAAAUUCUCCCCUCUAACUGAUGGUGGACUGUUAGUACACAGUGGCGAACUUAUGUACGGAAUGUUUUCCAAAAAGACGGUUGGAGCAACAGGUGGAGGUAUCAUUCAUACUAUUUUCAACGAGUAUGGACCUGAACUGGCGAUGAAUUUCUUCAAUGGGGCCCAAACCGUCGUGAACUACUGGCUACUACACCACGGUUUCAGUAUUGGAAUUGGUGAUACAAUUCCGGAUCUAGCGACGAUCCAGAAGAUUGAGGAAGCAGUUCGCGUGAGAAAGGAGGAAGUUGAUGAGAUCACAGCUAGUGCGACGGAUAAUACUCUUGAGCCCUUGCCUGGUAUGAAUGUCCGUGAAACCUUCGAGAGCAAAGUGUCCCGCGCCCUUAACAAUGCCCGUGACGAGGCCGGAACGGAGACAGAAAAGAGCUUUAAGGACUUGAACAAUGCUGUUCAAAUGGCGCGUUCUGGUUCAAAGGGCUCGAUUAUCAAUAUUUCUCAAAUGACUGCUGUUGUCGGCCAGCAAUCCGUUGAAGGAAAACGCAUCCCAUUCGGUUUCAAAUAUCGUACUUUGCCACAUUUUACAAAGGAUGAUUAUUCACCCGAGUCUCGUGGUUUCGUCGAAAAUUCGUAUCUCCGUGGUCUUACGCCCACAGAGUUCUUCUUCCAUGCUAUGGCUGGUCGUGAGGGUCUGAUUGACACUGCUGUCAAGACAGCUGAAACGGGAUAUAUCCAACGGAAGCUUGUCAAGGCCCUGGAAGAGGUCAUGGUUAAAUACGAUGGUACAGUUCGCAACUCGCUUGGAGAUGUUGUCCAGUUCCUGUACGGAGAGGAUGGUUUGGACGGCGCACAUAUAGAAAAUCAACGUGUCGAUAUUAUUAAAUGCUCGGAUGAGAGAUUCCGCGACAGAUAUCGAAUCGAUCUGAUGGACCCCGAAAGGACUCUCUCGCCCAACGUGUUGGAACAAGCUACGGAAAUUGCCGGCGAUAUCGAGGUACAGAAGUAUCUUGACGAAGAAUGGGAACAGCUCUUGAAGGACCGGGCCUUUAUGCGUAGCGUUGCCAAAGAGGACGAGGAAAUGAUGCAGCUGCCAAUCAAUGUCCAGCGAAUUCUCGAGUCGGCGAAAACGAUAUUCAGAAUUCGAGAAGGUGCCAUUAGCGACUUGCAUCCUGCAGAGGUCAUACCUCAAAUCAGAGCCCUACUGGACCGCCUUAUCGUUGUUCGUGGUGACGAUGUGAUUUCCCGGGAAGCACAAGAAAGCGCCACCCUACUCUUCAAGGCUCAGCUCCGCUCCCGCCUUGCAUUCCGCAGACUUGUGGUGGAAUACUCUCUUAACCGGCUCGCAUUCCAGCACGUACUGGGUGCUAUCGAAAGUCGAUUCUCCAAGGCGAUGGCAAACCCGGGUGAAAUGGUUGGUGUCUUGGCUGCACAAUCAAUUGGAGAGCCAGCAACACAGAUGACGUUGAACACAUUCCAUUUUGCUGGUGUUUCGUCCAAGAACGUUACCCUCGGUGUGCCUCGUCUGAAGGAAAUUCUCAAUGUGGCCACGCACAUCAAAACUCCUUCUAUGACUGUAUAUCAGGACCCUAGUCGUGCUAUGGACAAGGAGUCUGUCAAGCAACUCCGCAGCGUUGUUGAGCAUACCAGUCUGAGGUCUGUUACGGAAGCGACGGAGAUCUACUAUGACCCUGAUAUCCAAUCUACAGUGAUUGAAGCGGACCGUGACAUGGUUGAAUCCUACUUCAUUAUCCCCGAGGAUGUCGCAGAUGAUUCGAGCCAUCAGUCGAAAUGGUUGCUUAGAAUCAUCUUGAGUCGACCGAAGCUCCUUGACAAGAGUCUUACAGUCCAAGAUGUUGCAAUGAAAAUCAAAGACGCUUAUCCGCAAGAUAUUGCUGUUAUUUUCAGUGAUAACAACGCUGACGAGCAGGUCAUCCGUAUCCGACAAAUCCAAGACUCUAAGCAGGAUGACGAUGAUGAUGACACUGAAUACGAUGUAACUCUAAAGAAGCUGGAAAGCCACUUGCUUGAUACCCUUACUUUACGAGGCGUGGCUGGCAUCGAACGCGCAUUCAUCAAUGAGAAAUCGAGAGUCCGUGUCUUGGAGGAUGGAUCUCUCUAUCAAAGCGCCGAGGACCCGUUGUGUAAGGAGUGGGUUCUUGAAACCAGUGGAUCCGCCCUCGGCGAAGUCCUGACCAUCCCUGGAGUUGAUACAACUCGCACGUACUCUAAUCAGUUCAUUGAGAUUCUUGAAGUAUUCGGAAUCGAAGCUACUCGAACUGCACUUUUGCGAGAAUUAACCCAGGUGCUUGCAUUUGAUGGAUCAUACGUCAACCACCGUCAUUUGGCCCUCCUCGUCGAUGUUAUGACUUCACGGGGCUUCCUCAUGGCAGUCACCAGACAUGGUAUCAAUCGUGCUGAUACUGGCGCUCUGAUGAGAUGUUCUUUUGAGGAAACAGUGGAGAUCCUACUUGACGCCGCUGCGUUUGCAGAGCUGGAUGACUGCCGUGGUGUAUCUGAGAAUCUGAUCUUAGGACAGAUGGCCCCAGCUGGAACUGGGGAGUUUGAUGUCUACCUGGAUCAGGAUAUGCUCAUGGGAGUCGUUUCGAGCAAUGCUGGUCUAAUGACUGAUGGCAAAGGAUUACUUGGUGACGGAGCGGCUACUCCAUACGAUAGCAGCUCCCCUUUGCGGGACAACAUGUACAUUGGAUCACCAGACCCUGACUCCAAUUUCUCCCCAAUCAGACAAGCUGGAUCCGAGACGCCUGCAGGGUUCACCGAAUAUCAGCCCUCCGGGUUCAGCGGUGGCUUCAGCCCUCAUGGAGCAAGAAGCCCAGGUGGAGGUUAUUCGCCUACCAGCCCGUUCAAUACCAGCCCAACUUCUCCUCGCUACUCUCCAUCGUCUGGCUACUCCCCGACUUCUCCUGGUAUGAGCAUUACGAGUCCUCGAUUCAUGUCCUCUCCUGGGUUUUCACCCGCCAGUCCGGCUUUCGCGCCCACUUCGCCUGCCUAUUCACCAACUUCUCCAGGCUACCAACAGUCGCCAACUUCGCCAUCGUAUUCUCCUACCUCACCUGGUUUCUCCCCCACAUCCCCUAGUUAUAGCCCAACGUCUCCCAGCUUCAGUCCUGCCUCGCCUGCAUUCAGUCCUACUUCUCCUAGCUAUAGCCCUACGAGUCCUGCCCUCGGCAUAUCGACUGGAAGACAUCUUUCCCCGACAUCUCCUACAUCUCCCAAAUAUACACCCACGUCCCCUGGCUGGUCUCCAACUAGUCCGGAAACCUACUCACCUACCUCUCCCAACUUCUCGGGCUCGCCAACUUCUCCGGGUGGCCCAACAUCUCCUGGCUACAGCCCGACCUCCCCUACCUUCAACCCUACAUCUCCUCGCCAGUAGGCUCGACGUUGUUUAUGUAUUUGCUUUCGAGAAGAAUUCCUCUUCCCUUAUUUUCAUUUCGCGAUGGUUUUUUCCCCUCAUCACAUCGCUGUACUACCACUCCAUGUCAUUAGCACUUGCGUACCGACAAAAAAAAAACAACCAUCCCGCAUGGCUAGGCUUUGUAUUAGUUGGUUGGUUAUUUCUUCCAAUGAUGUGGCGUUCUUUAUUGUGGCUUGUUCCUUUCACAGCCUUCCAUCUUAGCCUGGGUGAGUACUAUUGCUUUUGUUUUCUUUUUCUGCCCGCCUCUUUCAGCCCCCUUUAAGAUUGUAAUGUUUUCUGGCCAAAAAAGGGUUUUUUUCUACAGCGGUUUUAUCCAACGAUAUGAGGAGAGUGGAAGAGAAACGAAAAAUUGAGAAGAGGAAAAAAAACUGAAAAUAAUCACUAGAUGUUUGGCACCCACGCACAUAAUAUAUAGCUCGGCGUUGGAGAUGCUUUCUGUGCUUUUGUGCUGGCGUCACUUGUAUAAGGAGCUCCGAUUUACUUUCUUUCGCUUUCUUUCUUCUCUUCCUGUUCUGUGUACACAGAUUAACUACGUUUCGUAGAGAAAAUAAAAAAAUACAAAUCGGGAGUUUCAUUUUUUGCAUUGGCUCUGGUUUUUCGUAACUUGCUAUCCUAAGCGCUG